CGCCAAUCGCCAGGAAAGCGAGCGAAAGGGUGGAGGAAGAGGAACACACAACAUACACACACAAACACCACAAGAAGCCAGCACCAGCUCCAUAUCCGCUCAUCACACCACAACAAGCACAAGCACACCACUUGACUGCCAUCAUGUCGAUUGAGGAGAGGUUCAACAAGGCCGUGUGGCUGAUCCGCAACGGGCCCCCAAAGGAUUCCGACAACGACACCAAGCUUGGUUACUACAAGUACUUCAAGCAGGCCACCGUCGGUGACAACACCACCUCCAAGCCAUGGGCUGUGCAGCUGGAAGCCUCUGCCAAGUGGAACGCCUGGGACUCUGUGAAGGGCAUGUCCAAGGAGGAUGCCAUGAAGGCUUACGUUGACCUGCUGACCAAGAGCGACCCCGACUGGGAGAGCCACCCCAAGCUCGCCGAGUACAAGCCCUGAAGCACAUGAAGCGCAGCUGAACUUUGCUCCACUAGUCACUUCCUCAACUCUGGCGUUUCUCACAACCCCAUUCACGGCGUGGCACCGCUGUGCGCCAAUUGCAUUGCCUUGCACCGCGCCUUCCUGUCUGUCUCAAGUGGUCUUUGCUUUGCUCUGUGCUGUGUGGUCGCUCCUUCUUCCCACUUCUCUCCACCACUCUUGCUCAGUUACGUUCCCCUCAUGAACGACUAUUAGCUGUCUGCUGUUUGUUGUGUCAGUGCUGUCAAGCGCCAUCAGUACAACUCGCAGUGUAACGCGCGCCACUCUGAAAUAACACGUGGACAGGCGCACAGGCUGUCCAUGCCGGUCUGUCUGGGUUAUGAACAAGAACACAAGAACCCCCCGCA